CACCGGAGUAGACGCAGCGCCCCUACAGCCAGCUUUUCCGCCUCCAUCUCCUCCUCCUCCUCCACCUCCUCUUCCUUCCCCCAGCGGGCGUGCAGUCUCAACCGGUUCAGACUGGCCAGGGUGCCUCAGCAAAGAAGAUCGGCGAAUGGGACCACCCCGGGAAGUCACUCGGGGGGGGCGGGAAGGUGGAGCCGGCGGGGAGGGCUGCACUCCAUGUGUCCCCGGGGCAGAGGGCGGCGGCGGUGAAGUGCGCCCAGCGGGACCGGUCGCCCAGCGCACGGCCGGGAUCAGCAGCCGCGGCCCAAGCUGUGUCCGCGGCCCCAGACGAGCCCGGGACUCAGGUCCUUUGCAUACAUACUAUGGCUUCCAGUUUAGUGUUUUUAUGGGAUUCCUGAGUGUGCAAAUCAUACCUGCAGAGAAACACCACGUUGAUUUCAUCUCACAAUGGAGUUUCAGAAGUCACCUGACGGAGGGUGGGGCUGGGUGAUUGUGACCGUCUCCUUCUUCACUCAGUUCCUCUGUUACGGAUCCCCGUUAGCUGUUGGGGUCUUGUACAUAGAAUGGCUGGAUGCCUUCGGUGAAGGAAAAGGAAAAACGGCCUGGGUGGGAUCCCUGGCGAGCGGAGUUGGCUUACUCGCAAGUCCUGUCUGCAGCCUCUGUGUGUCAUCUUUUGGAGCGAGACCCGUCACAAUCUUCAGUGGCUUCCUGGUGGCUGGAGGCCUGAUGCUGAGCAGUCUUGCCCCCAACAUCUACUUUCUGUUUUUUUCCUAUGGCAUCAUUGUAGGUCUCGGAUGCGGCUUACUAUACACCGCGACAGUGACCAUUACAUGCCAGUAUUUUGACAGCCGCCGAGGCCUCGCGCUUGGCCUGAUUUCAACAGGUUCAAGCGUGGGCCUAUUCAUCUAUGCGGCUCUGCAGAGGGUGCUGAUAGAGUUCUAUGGCCUGGAUGGGUGCCUACUUAUUGUGGGCGCUUUGGCUUUAAAUAUACUAGCCUGCGGCAGCCUGAUGAGACCCUUGCAGUCUUCCGACUCUCCUUUUCCUGAAAAAAUAGCUCCGGAGAAUGUUCUAGAUAGAUACUCCACAUACAAUGAGAAAGAGAAGAGCCUGGAAGAAAAUAUGAACAUCUUAGACAAGAGCAACCGCAGUGAAGAUAAAUGCAACAGCACCUUGCCCCGUGGUGACUGGGGACAGGAGACUCCUAAAAAUCCUACAGCGGCAGCACACGCCAAGGAGCCUGAGCCUUACAGAAAGAAGGUCGUGGAGCAGACUUACUUUUGCAAGCAGCUUGCCAAGAGGAAAUGGCAAUUAUAUAGGAACUACUGUGGUGAGACUGUGUCUCUUUUUCAAAACAAAGUCUUCUCCGCCCUUUUCAUCGCCAUCUUGCUUUUUGACAUCGGAGGGUUCCCACCCUCGCUGCUCAUGGAGGACGUAGCGAGAAGCUCCAACGUGAGGGAAGAGGACUUCACCAUACCACUCAUCUCCAUUAUCGGCAUCAUGACAGCCGUGGGCAAGCUUCUUUUAGGCAUCAUGGCUGACUUCAAGUGGAUCAACACCUUGUAUCUCUACGUAGCUACCCUGAUCAUCACGGGUCUGGCCUUGUGUGCAAUCCCCCUUGCCAAGAGCUACGUCACCCUGGCGAUACUUUCUGGGAUCUUGGGUUUUCUAACUGGCAAUUGGUCCAUCUUCCCGUAUGUGACCACCAAGACUGUGGGGAUUGACAAAUUAGCCCACGCCUAUGGGAUACUCAUGUUCUUCGCAGGACUUGGGAAUAGCCUCGGGCCACCGAUUGUUGGUUGGUUCUACGACUGGACGCAGACCUACGACAUCGCCUUUUAUUUCAGCGGCUGCUGCGUCCUGCUGGGGGGCUUCAUCCUGCUGCUUGCCGCCUUGCCCUGUUGGGACACGUGCAACAAAAAACCCUCUAAGCCAGCGCCAACAACCUUUUUCUACAAAGUUGCCUCUAAUGUUUAGGGGGAUAUUAAAAGGCAUUAUUUUCUCUAUUUUUCUACUUUAUACCAUAUAUAUAUGGUUAAACGGGUUCCCUAGAGUCAAGACCUUGUUGUAGCAAAACUCCGGCUGACUCUGAAGGAGAACAUACUUUCACAUACCCUGUGUUUUUUUUUUUAUGUAUUGUGGACAUAACCUCUGUCCCUUGUAUUCCCCUCCCCCAAGAAAUGGUCCUGUUCUGUUUCACCUUUGCUAGUGAGUUCUGGAUGUAAAACUGUUGACUAGCCUCACCGAGUUUUCUCUGGGUCAAGAAGCAGAGUCUCCGCUUUCCCCCACGUGUUCUACCGCCAGGUACUCAGGGGGUCCCGUCUUAAGCCACGCACUCCUCCUGUCAGGAUAUUUGUGAAGACGCCUAAGGAAUAAUUGCUGUCUCCUCUAUGCCAGACCUGCAAGUCCAGAGAAGACGCUAAGCCAUUUCGUUUCCAGAAGUGAGAGCGAUGGUUAUAAUGUCACUAAGACUUUGAAGACUUUAGACAAAAUAUUUUAAAUCGCAGCUGUCCGUCUUAUCCGUUUUCUAUUGUGUUGUCCUUGUUGAAGCACUGUUGGGCAUUUGGUGUCCACCGUGUGUGAACUCGUUCAAUUCCUCCAGCCCCCUGCGUGGCUGGCUCCUAGGACCUCGCUCCCUGGUGCUAGUCAGCAUGCACUCUGCUGGUGUCUCCUAAGAGCUACUGAUUUGCCGGUUUCCAGCUUGGAAAUACACCUCUGAACCAUUCCGUCUGGCCAGUGGGAAGCAUCCAUUUGCUUUGAGCACCAUGGGAAUGAGCUGCAAGGCCUUGCCUGUCUUCCAAAUGAAGCCCAUGGUGGUUUCUCUUGGGCUUUUCCACUACUGCAUUUUAAUUCAUGGACAGGGCUAAAAAAAGAAGAAGAAAAAAAAGAUGCUCUGUGUGUCCAUUAGACGUGGGAAAGGCUAGGGUGAAGAGAAACCGAUACUCUCACCCAACCUUAUGUAAUCCCAAGAACAUUGGAGGGCAGAAAUAAUGUUUAAUAAAUAGAAAUGGGUUCAACUUUGGGUUCAUUCAACCAAUGGGUUUCCUCUAUAGAAAUGGGUUUCAACUUUGCCAUGCUUCAGAAUCCCCUACAGACCCUCCAGAAACUUAAGUGCUUGAUACUAUGCUUUUAAUUGUAAUUCUGCCUGUUGGCCCACGCAUCUGCAUUUUAACGAACUCUGCAGGGAUUCUGGUGACAGGGCCCCAGGACGGCUGUAGACAGGUGUGGUGGGGCUGUGCUUCCCAAAGCUCAGGGGAACAAUGAGGGCAUGGCAGGUGGGGGAAGCCCUGAGUUCGCUGAUCACUAGCACCACCAGGGGAAAAAAAAUAAACAAAACACAUUGGCAAUAGACAAACAUUUUCUUUUCUU